AUGCGAGAGCAAUGUAUUGAAAAAAUUUCCAAUGUUCGACAGAGCAUCUCUUACCAUUGUCAUAAUCUUAAUGCGGAUAUAGAGGAAGAUGUUCGAAAUGUAAAGAACCAAAUAAACAAAAUGAGGGAAACUGUGGAUGAAAAUACGGAACGAUUGAAAAACAUGAUAAAAAAUGUGAAAAGAGAAUCACAUGAAGAAAUACAAUGUCUGGAAAAGACUUUGAUGCAUGCAUUUAAUCGCCAAAAAGAAAUCCUACAUACCCACAUGCAAUAUUUGUAUAAAACUAUUGGUGAAUUUGAUGAUCUUAAACAUUGUACAACCCCCGAAUCUGUCAUUGAAUUCCACGAAAAAAUUAUAUCCAAAACGUUCCACAUACCUGAUCUAGUCAAACCCGGACUUCCUUCAUUCAAGUCUGAACCAUCUAUAAACACCGAAAGCAUUGAAAAGUACAUAGGAAAAAUCACGAAUACUGAACCUUACUUUGAAGAGUUAAGAGUUUGUCAAGACCACAAAAUAUACUGUGGAACUGAGAAAGAAGCACAUUGUAUUGGAAUAAUUAUUAUAAGCAGUACUCCAAGUCUUCAGGGUUGUCGUCACAUAUCUCUCGCAGACGAUGACUACUUUUGGGUCAGUGAUUAUUAUGGUAAUCUUAUGCUUGCUGAUUUGAAUGGGCAUGUCUGUAAAAUUGAAAUCACAAAGGACAAAUCUUCAGGUUUUCACACUGUUGCAGCAAAUGGGGAUUUAUUUUGUAUCAACGAAAGGAAGAAAGAAGUAUUGCGAAUGGUUAAAAAUGAUAAAUAUGACCCAGAACAGAAAGCAUUCAUUUCUAAUCCGACUUGGAAGCCUGUGAGUAUUUAUUGUUCUGAAUAUUCAGGUGAUAUAUUAAUUGGAUCCUUAAAAGACAAGAGACUUGGAGCAAGGAUAACUAGAUUUGACAAAGCUGGAAAACAAAUUCAACAGAUACUUUCUCCAGAUUAUAUUGUUCCCCAUUAUGUUACUGAAAAUUACAAUGGGGAUAUAUGUGUCUCAGACUGGAAAAAGUGCGCGGUUAUUGUCCACCACAAAUGUGGUGAUCACCGGUUCACCUACACAGGGUCCCAUCCUUAUAAGAAAUUUUACCCAAGUGGUAUCUGCUGUGAUCUGCUUCGAAAUAUAUUGGUAUACGAUGGAUACAGUAAAUCUGUUCUAAUUCUGAGUUGUGAUGGAAGAUUUCUAUCCGCACUCAUAAAUUUACAACCUGAAUGGACCGGGUUUUGGUGGCAUACGAGAGGGCUUGCUAUAGACAGUCAACACAAUCUCUGGGUCGGUGAAAGCCAUUCCAAUACAAUCAAAAUUUAUUCAUACCUCAAGAAAAUCCAAGAUUCCUCCAUCUAA